UCUCAGACAACAAAGUCUCACUCCCUCCAAUCAAAGUCCACUUUUAAAUCAUAGAAAAACCAUCAAGAUCAAGUUUUUAUCGCAAUCCCUCUUCAAGCUCCGCCAAAUUGCCACAUUCUAAAAUGGAGCACAGCUCACCGCCGCCAAUUCCUAGCUCAUUCACCCCCGCCGAUCCGACCCAAUCGGCCCUCUUCGACUGGUCCGAUUUCCUGGAUUUCGACGUCGACGCAGCCCUCAGCACCCCUUUCGCCUUCUCCGACCACAGCCAGCAGCCGGAGAGCCUGGGCCGGGUCAGGAAGCGGGACCCGAGACUGCUGUGCCCCAAUUUCGUGGCGGGCGCGGUCCCGUGCGCGUGCCCUGAGCUGGACAAGAAAUUGGAGGAGGAGGAGGAGUCCGCUCUCCCCGGGAAGAAGCGGACUCGCGCGGCCCGGCCCGGCCCGAUCCUCUGCCAGGUGCCGGGCUGCGAGGCCGACAUCGGCGAGCUCAAAGGGUAUCACAAGCGCCACCGCGUCUGCCUCAAGUGCGCUCACGCCGCCGUCGUGGAGCUCGGUGGGGAGAGCAAGAGGUACUGCCAGCAGUGUGGAAAGUUUCAUCCCCUGUCUAAUUUUGAUGAGGGUAAACGUAGUUGCCGUAGAAAAUUAGAAAAACACAAUGACAGACGCCGAAGAAAAUCUAAUGAGUCUAAAGGAGACACAGAUAAGGAGUCUCAACAGGUUGUCUUGGUUGAUGAUGCCAAGGAAGAUGAUGAUGGAGGAAAAGAUGGCACGAGUGUGAGCAGUCAGAUUGAAGAAAAGGAAAUAUUGUUAAAAUCAGAUGGACAUGUCUCGGCAGUAUCUUCACCUCCAGAUUCCCAAGGUUUUCUGGGCAAGAAGGUUUCACCGUUUCCUGUCCCCAGCGAAAUUCAUAUUGAUGGGCAUAAACGUAGUCCAAACUCUAAACGCGCUGCAUCUUACUGUGACAAAUUUUCCUCUGUGUGUCCCACUGGUCGAAUCUCCUUCAAGCUGUAUGACUGGAACCCUGCUGAGUUUCCUCGACGGUUGCGACUGCAAAUAUUUGAAUGGUUGGCUAACAUGCCUGUCGAGUUGGAGGGGUAUAUCCGUCCCGGUUGUACAAUAUUGACAGCUUUCAUAGCAAUGCCGAAGACAAUGUGGCUUAAGUUAUUGGAUAAACCAGCUUCAUGCAUAAAAGACCUCAUUGGCUUGCCUGGUAGCAUGUUAUCUGGAAAAGGGACAAUGCUCGUUUAUGUCAAUGACAUGAUUUUCCGUGUCACAAAAGAUGCACAGUCAGUAGUACCAGUCAGCAUAAAGGAUAAAUCUCCUAAGCUUCAUUAUAUCUACCCGACUUGCUUUGAGGCUGGCAGGCCGAUGGAGUUUGUAGCUUGUGGAAGUGACCUACUCCAACCUAAGUUCCGGUUUCUAGUUUCUUGUAAUGGACGGUACUUGGCUUACAAAAUUUGUGUCUCGUCUCUGUACUGUAAGAAAGGUGAGAGCAGCUAUUUUAACCAUCAACUGGUGAAGAUAUCUGUUCCUCAAACAGACAUGACUCUCUCAGGGCCAGCGUUCAUUGAGGUUGAAAACCAAUCUGGUUUAUCAAACUUUGUUCCGAUUCUUUUUAGCGAUAAAGAAACUUGCAAAGAAAUGGAAACCUUGCAACGUACCCUUGAUUCCUCAACAUCCUCUCAAGAACAACCUGCCUGCGGAGUCCUGGCCUCAAGACAAAGACGUUUCUCAGGGCUUCUCUUAGAUUUAGGAUGGUCGUUGAAGAAACCAGUGUCGCGGAAAUUGUUGACAUCUUCGGACGUGCAAAGAUUCAACCAUUUAUUGGACUUUCUGAUACAGAGAGGGCAUUCUGCCAUUUUGGAGAGAGUAUUUUGCUCAUUGGAAUCUUCAAUUGAUAAUAAUGAUGCUGGUGGUGUAUCUGAUUCGGGUAUGAGGUCAUUACAGGCCAAAAUGGGGAUUGUACGACGUUUGCUUGAUCACAGACCACAGGAUCGAGGUUCUGCAUCUGAUGGACAUGUUUGCCAUCAAAGCAAAGAUGGUCCUUUCGUCGUUCAAGCUACUAAAACGGCUGUUCGAGAAACACUAGACGACGUUCCAUGGGGCAGAGAGGCGUCAUCACUAGAUUCCGUUGCUGCAACAGCUCCUCUUGUCAACAAAGAGGUGAUCAUGAAUGUCGACAUUCAUGCUCGGCCUCAAAAAUCACCAGGCCUCAUGUCUGCACGGAGACUUCUAACUUCACGAACCCGCAUCAUGGCUGUUGCAGCAGUUUGCAUCUGUUUGGGAGUCUGUGUUGCCCUCUUCCACCCUCGAAGGGUUGACCAGGUCGCCACCACCAUCCGGAGGUGCCUGUUCGACAGCCCUGAAUAGUUGCGCUCGUCUCUCCUCUUUAGUCGAAUGUGCAGCACGUUGCACGUGGAUCUCGAUUGUGCAUUUCUUACCAUAGCCUUGAAGAAAGUUGGGGAGAUAGUUGUAAUGUAAUUCUAGGCUUUUUUUUAACACGCAAGUGAUGAUCAUGGUGUAUAUAUGUGAACUUUCUCCUGGAAAGUGUUGUGUUAUGGGGUUUCUGCAAAUCUAAUUCAAAUUCCUUUUGGCGUA